GCACCUGUUACUUACCUGCAUUCCAAGAUGGCGUCGAAAAGGAAUGCGAGUAAAUAACUGUUUAGAUGACGGCCUCUACGCGCAUUUAUUUUACCUUUAAAUCGAAAUAAUCUCGCAAAUCUUCUCGAAUUACCCGAAACAAGAUGACUUAAAGUGAGUGCGUGGCGAACGUGUGCGUUUUCUCAAAUGUGAACAAUGUUGAAGUGUCACAAAAAAACACUAAUUGGAUGAGGAUGUGGUUUAAAAAACGUUGGGAUGUCGCACAGGGAUUUUACGGAAGUUGAGCCCGAAGGAACCACCGAACUUCCGGCAGCAAACCGAGCCCUAUUCGUCGAGAAGGUUCACCAAUCGAACGCCGCCUGUCAGAGUGGCGACUUUGCGACGGCCGUCGCCCUCUACACCGACGCGCUCCAGCUCGAUCCGACCAAUCACAUUCUGUACUCGAACCGUUCGGCUGCGAAGCUAAAGCAGGGACUGUUCGCGCAGGCGCUUCAAGAUGCUGUUACUGCUCGCGAUCUUUGCCCAACUUGGCCGAAGGCCUACUACAGGCAAGGGGUCGCUUUGCAAUGCAUGGGACGACACGGCGAGGCACUCGCCGCCUUCAGUGGCGGUCUGGCACAGGAUCCCACCUCGCAGCAGCUGCUAUCGGCGCUCAUCGAGGCCUCGGUCAAGUCACCACUUCGACAUAACUUAGAGCCGAUCUUCCAUCAGCUAGAAAAUAUGAAAUUGGACCAGAGCCCCUUCGUGCUCAUAUCGGUCGUCGGGCAGGAACUGCUCGCCGCCGGACUGUAUCAUUCGGCGGUGACCGUUCUCGAGUCGGCCCUGCGCAUCGGAUCCUGCUCGCUGAAACUGAGGGGCUCGGUGUUCAGCGCGCUCAGCUCGGCCCAUUGGGCUCUAAAUCAAUUGGAUAAGGCGAUCGGGUACAUGCAGCAAGACUUGGCGAUAGCGAAGAGUUUGGGCGACACCGCCGGAGAGUGUCGAGCGCACGGUAAUCUAGGCUCCGCCUACUUCAGCCAGGGGUCGUACAAGGAGGCGCUGACCGCUCACCGCUACCAGCUGGUGCUCGCGAUGAAAUGCAAGGACACGCAGGCGGCCGCCGCCGCCCUGACUUCGCUAGGUCACGUCUAUACCGCGAUCGGCGACUACCCGAACGCGCUCGCCUCCCACAAGCAGUGCGUGCAGCUCGUCAAGCAGAUGGGCGAUAAGCUGCAGGAGGCGCGCGAGAUCGGCAACGUCGGCGCCGUCUAUCUCGCGAUGGGCGACUUCGAUUCGGCCGUCGACUGUCACACGCAGCACUUGCGAAUCGCUCGCCGACUAGGCAAUCAGGUUGUUAGUCGCCUAGGGGCAGUCGAGUGUUUUAAUUCGCAUUCGUCGCAGGUCGAGGAGGCGCGCGCCUAUAGCAACUUGGGCUCCAGUCAUCAUUAUCGUAGGAAUUUCGCCCAGGCGAUCGUGUAUCACGAGAAAGUGCUGAGGCUCGCGCAGGGCAUUGGAGAUAAAUCGGUCGAAGCUCGCGCAUACGCAGGAUUGGGGCAUGCGGCGAGAUGUGCGGGCGACUACGAGCAGGCGAAACACUGGCACGAGCGGCAGCUCGACAUGGCCCUGGCGACCCGUGAUAAAGUGGCCGAGGGCCGAGCCUGCUCGAACCUGGGUAUCGUGUACCAACUGCUGGGGGAGCACGACGCCGCCCUAAAGUUACACCAGGCCCACCUCGCGAUAGCGCGCAAUUUGCAAGACCGCGCCGGCAUGGGCCGCGCGUACGGAAACAUAGGCAACGCCUACUCGGCCGCCGGAUUCUACGAAUCCGCGAUAAAGUAUCACAAGCAAGAACUGACGAUAAGUAAGGAGGUGCACGAUCGAAGCGCCGAGGCGAGCACCCACGGAAAUUUGGCCGUCGCCUAUCAGGCGCUCGGCGCGCACGACAUGGCCUUAAUGCACUACCGCGCGCAUUUGGGAAUCGCGCGCGAACUGAAGGACACCGCGGGCGAAGCCUGCGCGCUACUCAACCUAGGCAACUGCCUCAGCUCGCGCACCGAGUUCUCCGAGGCGAUCCCCUACUACGAGCAGUACCUGAUGUUAUCGCAGGAGUUGGCCGACGUCGAGGGCGAGGCGAAGGCCUGCCAUUUUUUAGGCUACGCUCACUACUGCAUCGGAAACUAUCGGGAGGCGGUGCGGUAUUACGACCAGGACUUGGCGCUGGCCAAGGACUUACAGGAUAAGAUGAACAUGGGACGCGCCUACUGCAAUCUUGGGUUGGCGCAUCUCGCACUCGGACAGGUGGAGACGUCGCUCGAGUGCCAGAAGUAUUUCCUCGCGAUCGCCCACAUGAUCAAUAACAACUCGGGGAAGUUUCGGGCCCUCGGCAAUAUCGGGGACGUUCUCAUGAGAAUGGGCGAGGUGGAGGAGUCGGUCAAGAUGUAUCAGAGACAGUUGGCGUUGGCCAGAGGCAGUCGAGAUCGGGGUAUGGAGGCUGCGGCCUGUGGCGCGUUGGGAAUUGCGCAUCGGCUGCUGAGGCGAUUUGACAAGGCUCUAGGUUUUCACACGCAGGAGUUGACGUUACGACAGGAAAUGCUGGAGCUGUCGGGCGAGUGUCGAGCGCACGGGCACCUGGGGGCCGUUCACAUGGCGCUCGGAAAUUACACGCACGCCGUCAAGUGCUACCAGGAACAGUUGGAGAGGGCGCAGGAGUUGCAAGAUUGCGGUGUCGAGGCGCAGGCCUAUGGAAAUCUCGGGAUUGCUCGGCUCAAUAUGGCGCACUACGAGGACGCGAUCGGCUACUUCGAGCAACAGCUGGCAACGUUGGAACGGUUGAGUACGCCCACUUCGCAGUUGGAUAGAGGGCGCGCCUUUGGUAAUCUCGGCGACUGUUACGACGCGCUCGGCGACCCGGACGAGGCGACGAAGUGUCACGAGCAGUAUUUGGCGAUCGCCUUAAAACUGAAGAGCACGCGCGACCAGGAGCGGGCCUACCGCGGCUUGGGCCAGUCGCAAAGAUCACUCGGCAAUCUUCAGCAGGCGCUCGUCUGUUUGGAGAAGCGGCUGGUCGUCGCGCACGAGCUCGGAAAUUCGGAGGCGAAGGCCGCCGCCUACGGAGAACUGGGUCAGCUGCACGCGUCUUUGGGCAACCUGGAGCAGGCCAUCUCCUGCCUUGACCACCAGAAGACUAUCGCGCACGAACUGAGCGAUCGAAUCAUGGAAGCGGACGCAAUCAGCGGACUCGGCUCGGUCUAUCUACAGAUGGGGGAGUACUCAACGUCUCUGCAGUAUCAUCAGAAUGACCUGGACAUAGCUGAACAAUUGGGGAUAGCGCCUUUACAGUGCAGGGCCUAUGGAAAUUUAGGUUCCGUUCACGAGGCCUUGGGCAAUCUCGAACAGGCCGUGUGCUACCAAGAGCAGCACUUGUCAGUGGCGGCGAGCACCAACGACCAACUCGCCAAAACGUUGGCUUACAGUUCACUCGGCCGCAUACAUCAAUUGCUGGGCAAUCGUCAGCAGGCUGUCGCCUACUUAACGGAAGGUCUUUGUAUCGCCGAAGUUCUCGGUCGAAGGGACGAGGAGGCAAAAAUCCGUAACAGGCUCGGACUGGCGCUGUGGACCAACGGCGACCUGGACGGCUCACAGAAACAGCUGGAGGCGGCGACUCGACUCCUCGAAAACAUCCGGCGCGAAGCGAAAAGCUCGCCCGACUACAAGCUCUCGCUCUUCGAACUCCAAACCGGCAGCUACCAGGUUUUGCAGAGGGUGCUAGUCGGAUUGAAUCGACAAGACGAGGCGCUGGUCGUCGCGGAGCGCGGUCGGAACCGCGCGUUCGUCGACCUACUCCUCGAACGGCAGGGUCUGAACGAGUCGCGCGGUAAAAGCAAGGGCCGUUCGGACGACUACGUCCCGAACAACUUGGACCAGAUUAACGAGAUCGUCAACCGACAGAGGGCGUCGGUGCUCUACUACAGCGUCGCCGCCGGUUACUUGUACGCGUGGUUAAUCGCGCCGACCAAGGGAAUUAUCAAGUUUCACUCGGCGACGCUGAGCGAUUCCGCCGACUCGGAGCUGAACGAGGGAGGCGAUCCGGUUUGCAACGGCGCGGGUGUUUUGGAGAGGCUCGUUACCGCGGUACGCGACAGUUUGGGCCUGGAGCUGUCACCCUGUUCGACAAUCAACGAGGAUCAGUACUCGGAGGACCCGAUCUCCGAGCGGACAGGAUUUUUACGGAUGGUUAACCGUCAGCAUCUCCUCAACUCGAGCAACUACUCGUUGAGCUCCCUUUUCUCGCUGGGAAGCAUCGGGGGAUCGGUCGCCUCUCUACAGGGAUCUACGCGUUCCAGUGCCAGCACGCAGGGCUCGACGCGCGCGUCGAAUAGGCAAAGUUGGAAGGGUCCCGCCUGCUUGCACGCCUUGUAUCAACUUUUGAUUCAGCCGUUCGAGGAUUUUUUACCGUGCAAAGGAGCUGUAAACAAAGGGACACGACGGGAAUUGAUUCUCGUACUGGAAGGCGACCUCUACUUGGUACCGUUCCCCGUACUGCGCUCCUCGAACGACAACUCCGAGUACCUGUGCGAGCGGUUUUCGCUGCUGGUCGUGCCGAACUUGUCCUCGCUCCGCAUGGGCCGCCAUCGAAAGCAGGAGAACGAGCAGACCGUCAAGAGCUUAGUGAUCGGAAAUCCGAAACUACCUCACAGCAUCACCGAACACUGGGGUUGGAAGGACAUCCCUCAAGCCGAACAGGAGGCGAAUAUCGUCGCCGAACUGCUUCAAACGCAAGCGCUCGUCGGCAAUCAAGCGACCAAAGAACAAAUCCUAGCGCAGAUACAGGAGGCCGAAUGCGUGCACUUCGCCACCCACGUUUCUUGGAAGUUGUCGUCGCUCGUGCUGAGUCCCUCCGAGGUGCUCGAGCAGAGCCAAUCGAAACGUCUCUACAUGUCGGAUAACGCGGAGGAGGACGAGGGCAGCGAGGUAUCUACGAGCGCCGAACUUCCGCCGCUUUCCGAAUUUUUGUUGAGCGCCGCCGACCUGCUGUCAACGCGCAUGUCUGCGAAACUAGUCGUGAUAAGUUCGUCGCACACGAGAGACCAGCAGGGCUGGGCCACUUCAGACGGUUUGGUUGCGCUGGUGAGGGCGCUGUUGGCGGCUGGCGUCCAGGCGGUUUUGGUGUCGCUGUGGCCAGUACCGGACACCGCAACUAAGAUCUUGCUACGGGCCUUCUACUCUGCCCUGUUGCAGGGGACGCGCGCAGCGAGGGCUCUGGCGGAGGCCAUGCAAACUGUUCAGCACACGAAACACUUCGCCCAUCCGGCGAAUUGGGCCGGAUUCGUUCUUGUCGGCAUGAAUAUUCGAUUAUCGAGUAAGGUGGCGCUGAUGGGUCAAGCUCUCUGCGAACUGUUACGCGUGCCAGACAAGUGUCGGGACGCCCUGAGAGUCACGUUGCACUUGGUCGAGAAGAGUCUGCAGCGCAUACACCGAGGGCAAAAGAACGCCAUGUACACGACGCAGAAGUCCAUCGAAAAUAAGGUCGGCACGGUGAUGGGCUGGAAGGAGCUGCUGAUGUCGGUCGGCUUCCGUUUCGAACCCGCGUCGAACGGAAUUCCGAGCAGCGUAUUCUUCCCCCAAUCCGAUCCGGACGAGCGGCUGACCCAGUGUUCGGCCAGUCUCCAGGCGCUUCUAGGCCUAACGAGCACCUCGCUGCACGCGCUCUCGAAGCUGACGGCGAACGCGGACGUCGCCGACGACAUAAUCGGCGUGAUCCAGUCGGUCAUGUCGCAGUUCUCGGCGAAGAACUCGGACGCCGACAGCGUCGAGAUAUCGCUCAGCGUGAAAUUGUGGCGCGUGCCCGGCUGCCACGAGCUGCUCGCCUCGCUCGGCUUCGACCUUUGCGAUGUCGGGCAGGAUAAGGUGACGCUGAGGACAGGUAAACAGGCGAACCGGCGAAAUAUUCAGUUCACUCUGCAAGCGCUACUGGCGCUGUUUGAUACUCACGAAGCCCCUAAAAGCCUUAGCAUCGAUUCAUCCAGCAGUUUGGAAUCAUUGGCAUCCGUCGACAACGAUUUCUCUCACUCCGAUAAUGAACUUAAUAUGCCCGUACAAAAUCAACCAAUACCUCGCGUCCCUCCUCCAUUCACCCGCACCGUCCUACCCCAUAAGCGUUUAGGGGGAGCCUUUACGAGCUAUGUCCGCAGGCGAGGCGAGCCCGAUGGCAGAACGGCGAAUCCGGCCGACGUAAAGGCCACCCUUGACAGUAAAACGCGCAAGAGUAGCACACUGGCGCGCCCUGGCGGCGGCGAAUCGGAUGCCGCCUUCACGCCAAGUCCGCCUGUGGUGCUACAGUCUGAAUCGCAGAGCGUAGCUCUCUCACUCGCCCACCAGACACGUAUCCGAAAUCUCUACGCCCACGACAACAAAUUGGAUCCCUUACGUCCCGAUAGCUCCAGCUCUGCAAGCUCGGCGACCGAUUGGGACAAUGGGCACGCUACUGUCUUGAGGAGGCAAACGCAAGCGCAACUCCCCCCACUACCUCCACCCAGAACACAGCCUCUUACAGACCACCCCUUAUACAACAACCUCGCAACCGCCAUGUUCGAGAAUAGUUCCGAUUCCGAACUGGAAAAGAUGGAAGCGAAGCUAUUCAACAACGUUACCCAACGCAGCAAAGUUACCUACAAGAAACCCCGCAACCCCAUGUCGACGCUCGACCGUCUCAGCGUCCGAACCGAAGUGAGUCCCGUCCAGACCGUCGCCCAGGCAACGUCCCGUAAACUCGUCACUCUACCGAACGAAGAAGCGAUCACCACGCACGAACAGCUCCUCUACUUCUCGCCGAACGACGACAUAUCCGAACCCGCGAGUACGAAGGCGGAAACCGAAAACUCGCCCGACAAAAAUUCGCCCGACUCCAAAUCCGGCCCGUCGAGUCUCCACGAUACGAUCCUCGCGACUCAACUGCGCCACAUCAAUCGAGAACUUACGCCGACCAUAUCCGAAGUGUACCACGAGCGCAACCUCGGCCUGGGUCUCGCGCCGCCGCUGGCGAAGCUGCUGCUCAAUCAAAGCUCGAACGCGCUACCCCAAACCGACAAUUCCGUUUUGGAGAAGAUCACGCUGGGAAUUUUGGAAGACACGGAAUUGGCGGGCGAGCUCACGAAACCCUGUUGCCAACGUUGCAAGCUCGAAAUCUGCCUGUGCAAGUCUAAACUGAUCAAGCCGUGGCUAUCGGAAACGAGCAGCUCCCUGCAACAGAUCCAGAGCUCCGACCUGACGACCGCCGAUAUUUUAGAGCGCGAGGUCAAAAACAAGAAGGUCCUAAGGGAGCCGCGCGGCAAGGAGGACGAGCCGAAGCGUUUGUCCCCGUUUUCGGAGAUGUCGAGGAGGGACGAGGGCGACGGCCGCAGUAUCGCCGAUUCGAAUUGCUCAAGCUACAAGGCGACACAGUUUCGUAAUUUCGGCGGCGACGCUACGAAAUCGAUGUCGUUACUACGCUCCGCUCACGCGCCGAUUUCGUCGCGUCGGGGCAAACAGACUUAAUUUAAGAGUUAAAGUUAGGGUAAACGCAUUUUGUGCAAUUUUUUCAUUAAAUUAUUUUCUCUUUUG